AGCAUGUUGUAGCUAGCAGAAACACACAACGGGAGUAGAGAAUUGAUAACUUACAAGCUGCCUACAGCCACAGCUACAUCUCUUAAUUGUGUACCUCAAAGCCCAAGAAGUGGACCUUUUUUUUGUAGAAGUUGUCAUUUAAUAUUUGAAUAGUUCUUUUUUCUUAGUUUGUCAUUACAGUCCUGUUCUGCUCUUUCUUAGGAUAAACAAAAUACUACUUUUUACAGGUAAAUUUAUGGUUAAGAGUGAAGAAGUUAAGCAUCAAUGUUGAAGAAGGGCAUCCAAAAAGGAUGAGAUGCAGAUAGCUUAACAGUUCCUGAUUUGGUGAGGCCAGAAAACAGGAAAAAGCUAGCAGGUCAAAGAGACGUGGGUGGAAACGAAGAAGCUUUGAGCAUAGUUCAAGACCUACUGAGGAUGGAGGUUCAAUGGAUAUGGGUGAUGCUUUUGGUAGGCGAUCUACUCAUGGCUGCCAUGUCUUUGUCUACUUGUAAGACUGUGGACAUGGAGCAUGUGAAGAAGAGAAGGAUAGAAGCCAUCAGAGGUCAGAUUCUCAGCAAGUUAAAGCUUAGCAAACCUCCAGAAGUGGAAAGUGAGGACUUGACAGUUCCAUUGGAAAUACUGUCUAUCUAUAACAGCACCAUAGAAAUGAUCCAAGCUAAGGCAGCACGUGAGGAGGAAGAAGCUGGAUGGGAGAAUGCAGAAGAGGAGUACUACGCCAAGCAGGUUCACAAGCUCGAGAUGAAAUACUCUUCUGAACCCUCUGAAAAAGAUGAUGAAAAGAAAUUUCUAUUUAAAUUUGAUGCCACUCGUUUGAGACAAAGCUUAGGCAACAUGUCCCGACUACACCAUGCAGAGUUAUACAUGUUCAAAAAAGCUCCCUCAACUGAGGACAAGAUUCCUUGGGAAGAACGCGUGGAGUUAUACAGGGUUAAAGGGAAUUAUUCCAGGUACAUCAACAGCAAGUUUGUAUCAUCUGGAACAUCAGACGAGUGGAUUUCAUUUGAUGUCACAGAAGUUGUAAAAAUGUGGCUGACCGAUAAAGAGGAAGAAGAAAUAUUUAGACUAAAAGUGGCCUGCAACUGUGAAGAAGCGGAAACGGAAUUAAAACUUAAUUUAGAAGGAUUUGACGGAAAACGGGGUGACUUGUCAAAUUUAAAGCCUCCAAAUUUGCCCUACCUCCUUAUCACAUCCACCCCUGUGGACCGACUAGAAAAUAGUCAUAGCUCCCGUAGGAAAAGGUCGGUGGAGAAAGAGUUCUGCUUCAAAUCGGAGGUGAAGAAAUGCUGUGUACGACCCCUUCACAUCAACUUCCGUAGAGACUUGGGCUGGAAAUGGAUUCAUGAACCCAAAGGAUACGAUGCAAACUACUGUAUGGGACCAUGCCCCUAUAUUUGGAGCUCAGAAAAUUAUUACAGCACGGCUAUGGCUUUGUAUAACCAGAACAAUCCUGAAGCCUCUGUGUCACCCUGCUGUGUUCCUGAUGUCCUUGAACCACUUCCCAUAAUUUACUAUGUUGGUCGGACUGCCAAGGUGGAGCAGUUAUCCAAUAUGAUGGUCAAAUCCUGUCAGUGUAGCUGAUAUAGGAUCAUCAAUGAUCAACAGAAUGAUAUGGUACAGAACCGUGAUGGCCCCAGCCCCUCAAUGUCCACCAACCUUGAGGACAGCAUUUUUCCAUGGUUUGGUGAUCAAGAGAGAGACUCUCGACUAUCAUAUGGUCUUCAAAACAAUGAGAUGGUGUUUCUCCCUGCGUUGGAGAUCAGAGGAGAUAUAUCCUACCAACCAAAUGCCUUCAAACAACGCUACUCUGGGAUUAGGCAAUCAGGGAAUGAACAAUACUUUUCCAGGGUUCAGUGAUUAGAGAGAGGAGAAUCCCUAUCACCCUAUGAUCUUUAAUCAACAAGAACAAUACUUUUCCAGUGUUGGUUAUUAGAACAGAGGUGUCCUACCAGCCAGUGGACUUCACACAAUAGAAAGUGUUUAUCUAGCAUUUGGAGAGGACAGUCACACGACUAUACUAUAGCAUUAAAAUAAUGGGGACUAUGCAUCUCCAUUUGUUGGUUAUCUAAGGAAAGGUUCCCCCAAACCCAACAACAUUAAGAAAUGAGGAGAAUGCUUCUCCUUUGUUUGGGUAUCAAAAAAGAGAUGUCCAACUAUCAUUUGAUCUUCAGACAAUGGAAAAUGUUUCUAUAAAUUUCUGAGAUCUGAAAAAGCUGUCUUACCACCAAUGACUGUCAAAUAAUAUAGAAAAUGCUUUUCCAGAAUUGUUGACCAGAGAGAGGUUUCCCGCAACUCAAAAAAGCUUUAAGAAAUGGGACAAAAGCUUCCUGAAGAGGCUAACAAAGAGGUCCAUUUGACAAUGGUUCUCUAGUGCUUGAAAGUUAAUCCUAACAUCCAACUGGUGAUUCAUAAUUCAAUAAAGGUAACUUCACUGUACAAACAGCUAUGAUCACUCUGUUGGACAGUUGGUAAUGGUAAUCCUUCACAAACUCUAAAUUCCUUGGAGGUCAAAGUUCAGGACAGACAUUGUACUAAUGUACAUCUGGACAUAUGCCACGUUGUCAAAAAAAUGGCAAAGGUCAUAGACACAUUCAUAGACUUUACACACAUAAAGGUCAUCUACUUAUGUCCUGUGAAAGGGUCAAGGGCUGUCAAGACAAUAUCCUAUGUAACAUUCUAAAGUCAAACAGAGAAAGUUCUCUAUUUUGACAACUUUAACACAUGGAUGGAGUCAAAGCGUUUGCCUACCAUAGAGACGCUUCCUAUUUCUAUAACACAGGCAAUCAUGAACUUAAACAAAAACUCAGAGGUUCAUUCUGUUAUAAUUUGUGGUGGGUUUUAUGUACCUAUAACUAAGAGUUAAUCACAUUACAAUAUAUUCAAGGAUCAAUCACACAUCUCUGGUAGCAAAUGUUUUAUUUUUUACUUUUAAAAUACAAUUAAAAAAAAAGAUAACUCUCAAAAAUGUAAGAUAUUUAAUAAGCAUUAGUAAAUGAUAAAUAUCUUAGAUUCUUCCACCACAUCAACCACCAAUAAACAAAACCCAUAUCUCAAUCAUUAAAGACCCAACCAGAAGGGCUGCCUCCAUAAUUCUUAAACUCAUUACUCGCCUGUGUUUUUUUUAUACAUUAUCAUGUGGGACACUGACAGAGAAGGGGAUGAUAAUACUUUUGCUGGAUUUGUUACAUUUUUCAUUUGUCGUUUCUUUUUUAUGGAGAUUUUUAUAUAAAUAUAUUAAUUUAAUAAAUGUCAAUCUGCAAAAUAAAAAUUGGUACUAUAAAAAAA